AUGCAACUCAGCACAUUGACAGCCCUUGCGGCAAUUGCACUCCCAGCUUUAGUAUCGGCACAAUUAAGUGGUGCAGUCGGCCCAUUGACCUCGAGAGAAUCUAAGGCUAAAAAAGUGUGUAAUGUUUUAAACUAUGGUGGAAAGGCAAGCAAAACUGCAGAUAUUGGCCCGGCGCUUACCUCUGCUUUUGCGGCCUGCAAGACUGGUGGAACAGUCUAUGUCCCCCCCGGAGAUUAUGGUAUGAGUACCUGGGUUACUCUGAGUGGAGGUUCGGCAUGGGCACUUAAACUUGAUGGUAUUAUUUAUCGUGUUGGUACCGAUGCUGGGAAUAUGAUCAUGAUCAAACACACUACCGAUUUCGAGAUGUACAGCAGCACUUCUGCAGGUGCUAUUCAAGGUUAUGGUUAUGAAUUUCACAAAUCCUCGACUUAUGGUGCACGCCUCCUCCGAGUUUACGACGCUACCAACUGGUCCGUUCACGACAUUGCUUUAGUCGAUGCCCCUCAAUUCCAUUUCGUGAUUGACACCUGCACGAAUGGAGAGGUUUACAACAUGAUCAUUCGUGGUGGUAAUGAGGGAGGUCUCGAUGGUAUUGAUGUUUGGGGAACUAAUAUUUGGAUUCACGAUGUUGAGGUUACUAACAAGGAUGACUCAGGAGGUUGUGGUAUGGGCUCUCUCGGAGCAGAUACCGCCAUCUCUCACAUUGUCUAUAACAACAUCUACACUUAUGGAUCCAACCAAAUGCUUAUGAUCAAGUCAAACGGUGGUAGUGGAACCGUCUCUGACUGUCAAUUCAACAACUUUAUCGGUCGCUCCAACGCCUAUAGUUUGGACAUUAACGCUGCCUGGCCCCAAGCAAGCGUGGCCGCCGGUAAAGGAGUUAUCUACGAAAAUCUCUCCUUCAACAACUGGAAGGGAACUGCAACCAGCGGCCUCGCACGUGGACCAAUCAAUCUCCUCUGUUCCGCCACCGCUCCAUGCACAAACAUCACCAUCACCGAUUUUGCCAUCGGCAGCGAAACCACCAGCGCUGAAAAUUACAUCUGCCAAAAUGCCUACGGUUCCGGCGGAUGUCUCAAGCCCGACACCGGUUCCCCAUCCGCAUACACCACAACCAAAUCUCUCGGCGCCAUCCCCACCGGGUACCAAGCCGCAACCAUGGCCCAAGAUCUAGCCACUCCUUUCGCCGUCACCGCAAGCAUCCCCAUCCCCACAAUCCCAACCUCUUUCUUCCCAGGCAGAACCCCCGUCACCGCACUCAUGGCCCACGGAGGCGCCGCCGCUUCCGUAGCUGCUGUCGCCCACAAACCUUUCACUACACCCGCUCAAUCCUCCUCCAUCCCGGCCCCCACAUCCAGCACCAGCACCAGCAUUAGCACCAAAGCCUCCUCCUCCUCAUCCGCAACCCCCAAAACAACCCUCGUAACCAAAGCUUCCAGCACCACUCCAGCUCAUUCUACAUCCGUCAAACCAGCCACAACCAGCAGCACUCCCUCAGCUGCUUCCGUUCCUCUAUAUGAUGGUGGGGCUGAUAGUGGAGAGCAAGAUGUUUCUUCGUCUGCGGUUGUUAGCUCUGUUGCGCCUGUUGAGACACAGACAGGAAGUGAGGAUGAUGAGUGUGAAGUUUAA